AUGAGCGUCGCCGACCGAGUCGUCAACUUCGGUGCUGGGCCCUCCGCUCUGCCGCUCACUGUGCUCGAAGAAGCCCAGAAGGGCCUCAUCAACUUCAACGGCACGGGCAUUGGAAUCGCAGAGAUCUCCCACCGCUCGAAGGAGUUCCAAGCCUUUCUCACUGAGUUCGAGCAGAACCUGCGCACCCAGCUGGAGGUGCCUUCCACCCACCGCAUCCUCUUCACCCAGGGCGGCGGCACGACCCAGUUCUCCGCCGUCGUCCUCAACAUGAUCGCGCGCCACCGCCUCCUGCACCCGAACGCGACGGCGGAGAACACCGUGCUCGACUACGUCGUCACCGGCUCCUGGAGCAAGAAGGCCGCGGAGGAGGCGCGCCGCCUCACCGCCGGCGUCGCGACCGUGCGCACCGCGGUCGACGCGCGCGUGUACGCCAAGGACGGCAAGGCGUUUGACAACAUCCCCCCGCACGCCGAGUUCGCGUUCUCGCCCGCCCCGGCCGUGAUCUACUACUGCGAGAACGAGACGGUGGACGGCGUCGAGUUCGCGCACGACGCCGGCGCGCCCGCCUCCUUUCCCUUCGCGCGCCUCCCCGCCGCGCCGCUCCUCCCGCUCGUCGCCGACUACUCCUCCUCGUUCAUGUGCCGGCCGAUCCCGCGCCUCGCCGACCACGCCGUCAUCUACGCCGGCGCGCAGAAGAACAUCGGCCCCGCCGGGCUCACGAUCCUCAUCGUCCGCGAGGACUGCGUCGUGGACGUCGACGCCGCCGCGCGCCUCGGCGCGCCGCCCCCUGUACAACACCCCGCGGUGCUCCCGAUCUACGUCGCCGGCCUCGUCGUCCGCCGCAUGGGCGAGCAGGGCGGGAUCCCGUACUACGAGGCGCUGAACCGCCGCAAGUCGCAGAAGCUGUACGCAGCCAUCCACGAGGGCGAGCAGAACGGCGUCUUCCGCCGCAAGAAGCGGUUCUUGGAGGGAGCCGAGGCGGAGGGCAUGAAGGGGCUCAAGGGACACAGAUCCGUCGGAGGCAUUCGGGUUUCAUUGUACAACGCAGUCACCGAGGAAGACGUCGACAAAAUUAUUGCGUACAUGAAUAGUUUCAUGCAGAAAUAG